UGCACAGUCUCUUUCUCUCUGUGUCUCUCUCUGCCACCCCCUCCCUGAUUCCUUCUCUGCCAACCUCCCCCUCCACCUCCCUUCUCCUUUGAUGCAGCCAUUGGCUGCUCCACGAUAGGUCUUCUUGCCAAAUAGGUGGAUCCUUCUUCUCUCUCUCUCUCUCUCUCUCUCUUUUUUCUGCUGGCAUUGGCAAAGGCAAAUGGUUGGGGACUGAGCAUGAAAGGAGAAAGCAAGCAAGCCAGAGAGUUUAAGAGGAAAAAGGGAAAGGAAAAAAGGGGGGAAAACAACAACAACAAAAUCCCCCAUACCCCAGCAGUGGGGUUUUGCCAGCAGCCGAUCACAGCUGAUCCCAGAGCGGAGUCUGCCCCUUUUCCCCUAGACCUGCGAUCCCCCCUAUUCUCAGGCGGAGGGAGCCACAUCUAAGUUGCAUCUUUGCGUUUCUGCCAACGCUGAGAGAGAUUCUUCCCCCGUCUCAGCUCCUCCGUCCGAUUAGUUGUUGUUGUUCUUCCUAUUUUUAAAAUUUUGUUGCCUUCUUCCCUUUAUCAUUAUUAUUGCUGUUAUUGUUGUUACUAUUUUCUUCAACAGCCAUUUGGCAUUUUUAACCUAUUUCGUGCAUGUGGCACAGGCAGAGCGAUGUUGAUUUAUUUCUGCCUUUGGCUGAGGUUUCCCUUCCUAGCUGCCUUCCUUCAAUUUUUAAUCCUUCCUUUUUGCUUCCCCACUCUUUUUAUUAAACAAGAUUUGAACAUUUUGGUGAAUGGUUUGUAGUGAAGAAUGCAGCCCACAAUUGUUUUCCACUUAAUUUAAGAAAUAUCCAGCACUCUUUUGCGCACUUCCUUCGUACAGUUUUACUUUCCUCCUUUUUCUCCGCUCCUCACCUUCUACCCCACACACCCAAAAUAUCGUCCGCCUUCUGAGCCCAGAAUUUCUGAAUCGGGGGCUUAGCUUCGCCGGGAUGAGACAGAGCAAUGGAUGAAUUCCACCCCUUCAUUGAAGCUCUCCUUCCUCACGUCCGUGCCUUUUCCUACACAUGGUUCAACCUGCAAGCUCGGAAGCGAAAGUACUUCAAGAAGCACGAGAAGCGAAUGUCAAAGGAUGAGGAACGUGCCGUGAAGGAUGAAUUACUUGGUGAAAAGCCUGAGAUCAAGCAGAAAUGGGCAUCACGACUGCUGGCCAAGCUACGCAAGGACAUCCGUCCAGAGUUUCGUGAGGACUUUGUCUUGACCAUCACGGGCAAGAAAGCACCGUGUUGUGUCCUCUCCAACCCAGACCAGAAAGGCAAAAUUCGCAGGAUUGACUGCCUGAGGCAGGCUGACAAGGUUUGGAGGCUGGACCUAGUUAUGGUCAUCUUGUUCAAAGGGAUCCCUCUUGAAAGUACUGACGGGGAGCGGCUAUACAAGUCGCCGCAGUGCUCAAACCCGGGCCUUUGCGUCCAGCCACACCACAUUGGAGUCACAAUUAAAGAACUGGAUCUUUACUUGGCGUAUUUUGUUCACACUCCUGAAUCCGGACAAUCAGACAAUUCAAACCAGCAAGGAGAUGCGGACAUUAAACCACUGCCCAAUGGGCAUUUGACUUUCCAGGACUGUUUUGUGACAUCAGGCGUCUGGAAUGUUACAGAGCUGGUGAGAGUGUCACAGACUCCUGUUGCCACAGCGUCUGGUCCAAACUUCUCUCUGGCUGAUCUGGAGAGUCCCAGUUACUACAACAUCAAUCAAGUGGCUCUUGGUAGACGGUCAAUAACAUCUCCACCUUCUAGCAGUUCCACCAAACGGCCCAAGUCACUAGAUGACAGCGAAAUGGAGAGUCCAGUAGAUGAUGUGUUUUAUCCUGGGACAGGACGGUCCCCAGCAGCUGGCAGCAGCCAGUCCAGCGGUUGGCCCAAUGAUGUGGAUGCAGGACCGGCUUCUUUAAAGAAGUCAGGAAAGCUGGAUUUCUGCAGUGCCCUGUCCUCCCACACCACCUCCCCGAGAAUGGCUUUCACCCACCACCCGCUGCCUGUCCUAGCAGGAGUCAGACCAGGAAGCCCCCGUGCCACAGCGUCGGCCCUGCACUUCCCGUCAACUUCCAUCAUCCAACAGUCCAGCCCUUACUUCACACACCCGACCAUCCGCUACCACCACCACCACGGCCAGGACUCGCUGAAGGAAUUUGUGCAGUUUGUAUGCUCGGAUGGCUCAGGCCAGGGCUCUGGGCAGCAUUCUCAGCGCCAGGCUCCUCCUCCUCUGCCAACCGGUUUGUCGGCAUCGGACCCCGGGACGGCAACUUUCUAAACAUCCCCCAGCAAUCUCAGUCUUGGUUCCUCUGACAGGAUCUUCAAGUGAAGAAAAAUGAUGAUGAUGGUGAUGGUGAUGACGAUGAUGAUGAUGAUGAUAAUUUUUCACUCAAGCCCUGCAAAUCAGAAUCUUCAGUCCUUAACCUAUAUCUUCACUGAGCUGCUCCUCUUCAAAGAAAAGUAAGAGACAUUGGGUAACACAGAUGAGAAGCUUAAAAAAAUCACGUGGGACCUUCCUGAUCCAAAGCAGAUUUUGCAUUUGCAUAGAAGAGUCUUGUCUUCUCAAGGAAUCUCAUCAACUCACACUGAAGUAACUCUGUGUUAAAGUAAUGUAUAAGAUAGUUCUGGACUGGCCACCCAAACAAUGGUUUGUUUGUUUGUUUGUUUACUUGUUUGAAAAGGGAUUUCUCUUCGUUCAUCACAGGGAAAGAAUAACACUCACAUCUACCAGUCUCAAAUCCCAAAACUGUCUCAAGAUUUAUGAGGGAUUAUGUUUGCUGGGGAAUGAAAAAAGAAGACUGUUCCCUAGAGAUUUGUCUACUUACUAGCCUAAAUCCAAGGUGAUUUCUGAAUACACUAAAGAAACGAAGAGCACUUGCCUAAUCAGGGCCUGAGUCCCUUGGUUGCUUUUAAAAAACACCUGCAGAGAUAGGUGGAGGCUGCAGGCAGAUCAUGGUUGCUCUCAGUUCCACUCAGUUACUGUGAGUAUAUUUGAAAGGCCGAUUCAGUGCACCAUUGUGGUUCAGAUCUGGAAAUAGUUUUGAUUAAGCAUUACUUCUCCCACCAAACAUAAUUUCCCUUGUUAACCAAAUUAAUGUUGCAUCUCUGAAAGUGAAAACAAAGCAAAAGCAGAAACACUCCUGAAUACCAGAUGCUCAAACAGAAUUCCAUUCCAGAGCAAGGAGUAAACUCUCUUCCUCCCCUCCCUCCUCAGACAUGCAUGCCAACACACUUACCCUAGCACCGAGUCUUUUCUCUCCCGGUCUUGGUAUCUAGGGCUUCCUUGUAUUCCUUGCUCUGGGUGAACUUUUCCUGCAUCUCAGAAAAAAAAAUGUCUGGAUUAUAUGGAAAAUAUUUCCAGUCUUACUCUGCAUGAACUGGAAUUCCUUUCCCCAUAGUUACAAGAAAUAUGGGCACUCUUCAGUUCAUGAUGACAAGUAAGAUUUGACUGGAAAGUGUUUCUCUUUGAAAAGAAAAUCCUUGCUGCUAUUGCAAAUGGACAAAUAUUUAGGAUAGUACAGUAUUCAUUGUUUUAUAAAUAAUAAUUUUUUAAAAAGCAAGACAGCAAAGAGGCGUACUGCAGUGAUGCCCCAAAUUGGCCAUCAGGGCUGGGGUAGCUGGCUCAGACAGGUACGUUUCGGCAGAGUCCCCAACUUCUCUAGGCUUUGACCCUGUGAGAAGCUGGGUGUCUGUUGUUACUAUGGUUUGAUACUUUUCCUGAUCCCUUUUCUCCACUUCAUUUUCUUCCUCCUUGAGUUGUUGCAUUUCUUUUGGCUUCCUCUACAUACAGGUGACACCAGCAAAGAAAUUAAAUACAAAGGGGUUUUGUUGUUACUGUUAAAACAAACAAAAACAAGACCCUUAACAGUCUCAGCAGACCACAGCGCAACAAAAUGAAUUGUAUAUAGUUAGAAGUAAUGGAGGCUGCCUCCUGGGUAGCUGUGAGGGUUUGAUACUACCAUCUGUAUACCAUGUGCAAAUGCACACAUGUGCACCAGAUCAGUCACACAGCUCCACACACUUUCCUCUUUCCUUGUCUCACACUACAGCAAAACCUGUGAGAAAAACCAGCAUCCCUUUCUGUUGUGUAUCCAUGAGAUGAUCACUCUUGUUUCUUUUUCCAGCACCUGUGGUAGAAAUCUCUCUCUCCUUAACGGAUGCUGCGUUUUGGGGACAGGGGCUUUGCCAUAUUUUUUGGAGUUACCUCCCACACUCCACUCCAUUGUUCCUGUUAACUAUGCUUGCCUCUGCACGAGGUAUCACUGGUUCUUACCGGGUGACAGUGAAGUUCUAUAUCAGAGUAUGGGCAAGGCUAGGGGUGAGGGAUUGUCUGGUUUGGAAAGGGCCAGAAAGUGCUGCAGGGAACGGGUUACUGUGCAAUUAGUCCAGAGCAAUUGUAUUUAGACUCAUGGCUUGCAAUGCCUGAAAUUGUGUCCCAAAUAAUUAACUUGAUCUAGAGAAUCUCCUGAAGCCUUUCUACUAUUUGCUACAGUAAUCCCCAGUUGAUUCAUGGAGCAUCCCAAGGAUUUAUGAAGCAGACUUAGUCCAAAACAGACCUGCUGGUGAGACCAAGAAUCUGCACCCUUGUCCAAGUGCAAUGAUUUUCCAGUUCCAAAUGGAGAAACAGGGUCAAGGAAGGGAAUCUGAGGGCUGCAGAUUUGCCUCUCUCCUCUGCCAGCAGUAGGCUCCCAUGCUUAUCCUACAAUCCACAUGUCAGAGGAAUGUCCUGAACGCCCCUGCCCAAUACGUACACACACCAGCAGACACUCCUAUCCAAGGCCUGCUCUUCUGGAGGGUUCAUAGAGCCUGACCUUGCACAGCUGCAGGACAGCUGCUGUACAAAGGGGGAGGUCUUCUUUCUGAAGAAAAUUGUAAUGAAGUGAGCAGCCUGCAUGUAGAUAUUUUUGGGCUGCUACAAAAAAGAUGACACUCCUGGUGCUUUAGUCAUUGGUGUGAACCAGGUCUGUUCCUGUCAGGAAGAAUGGAGACCUGAAUUUCAUGAAUUCUAGGGUUAGCACUCUGUCUGCUGCUUCUGUCAUACCAGAGGUCCUCUCACAGUAUCUUCUGUAAAUGUUAUUCAGAAAUUAAGUAUAAUUUACCAGAGGCAACAUUGGAAUGAACAUUCACACCAUGAUUGUUGAUCCCUCUUUCAGAACUCUGUGAAAAAAUAUCAUCUAGUCUAUAGCUGAGUAUCCAUAGGGUGAGAGUUGGGGCCAAAUCAGUGAUAUGGGCAGAAUUUGGAAGCAGCAGCUACAAUUAGAACACAAUCCCGUUCCAUGUUAUGAAAGGUUGUAAAUUGCCCAGUUUUGUAAAUGCCCAAAGUUAGUAUCUGUUUCUUUAAGAACACUAAGCCAUGGAUAAAUUUUGCAGCUGUGGAUGUUGAUACAGUUCCUACCCUGGUGGCCUUUAAAAAAAACACAAGACACCCUUGGACUAUUCAGCCUACCGUUCACUACAUUGUUUGCAAAAUAUCAAUAUCAAGCACCUUUUCUAGUCUGGUUGCAUCGGAAGGGAUUCCAAUGUAUAAUAAGACUUGGAGAUGUGCUAAUGUUAAACAUGAUUCAAGCUGUAGCAUUUGAAAUGCUGUAUGAUUUUAUUUGAUUUGGUCAUAAGAGCAUUUGAAACAUUCCCAGAUUGAGAAAGAUUGUGCCCCCACUACCCCAAACAUAUCCAAGCUUCUGUUUCCAUUAGGCUUGACAAUUUCUGAGCACAAAGAUAAGAAGUAUACAAAGCGUUCCAAAUAUUAAAUUGUGAAGAUCACAAUAGUCUGGGUGACCCUAUUUAGUAUGCAAAAAUCCAGACCACCAUUAGAUUGCCUCCAAGAGCAGUGGCCAUCUGGAUUUUUGUAGCUCAGAUAGAUAUGUUAGCCCUACAAGAACUGAUACUGCUCCAUUCCUUCCGUUAUUAAAUAUAUUUAGUAAGCUCAUUCACUUAUGAAUGACACAGAAUGCUUUCCUUUUAAACAGUCCAAUAAUCUAAUUCAAUUGCCUGAAGCUUCUAACCUUAAUGCCCAGCAUUGCUCAGAAUGGGUUCCCUAAAAACAGGAGAUGGAUAGGUCUGAAAAAAAAAAGUAGGAAUUGCAGGAAUCCAGAGGCAGGUGACCACCAAUGGAACAGCACUUAAAAUGGUAGGGGGUGAUUGGGAGAGUAGAAGUUUACUGUUAUUUAAUUCUGGAAAAGGAAGCUUUAAAUCCUAACAGUGCUUAAGCAGUUAUUUAAUACUUGGGAUCUUUAAGAGGUAACAGAUGAAUAACAGUAGUGUGUGAGUGGGUAGAUGGAAUACCAGUGCCAUCCAUUUACAUGUUACCUUGUUUGAGUCCUAAAAGAAGGGUAAAUAUAAACCCUGAGAAUGAAUCCAUAAGGGGUGACAUGGAGGAAUUUCAGUUUUGGUGGCUUGCAGGUAUGGGCAGCAAAAAUACACAAAAAGAUUUGUUUAAAAGGGGGAGGGGAUUUUAAAAAACAAAAUAUAUAUUAGGGGUUUUAAAAGAACCAAUUUUGUUUGCAUUGAGCCAAGUGCAAUGGAGUGCAUAGUUUUAAUAUCUUUGUAUGUUAAAGAUUGUUAAGAAGAAGAGAAAAAAUCUAUUUUUGUUGCAAAGUCCUCUGUUCCCAGGGACUCUAAAUAAAUUGGGACAAAAGAAAAACCCACCUUUGUAAGUAUGGGGAAAAAAUCUUUUUCUGUUUAUUUUUUCAUUUGUCUAUUUUUCCUUUUUCUUGUUUAUUUUUUAAAUCCUUUUUUAAAAGAUUGAUAAUAAUUGGGGAUCGGUUGUUGUUUUUUCCUUUUCCUCAUUAGUUUUGUCAUUUUAUGGGAGGGCUGAAGGCAAAAGUUUUGUCAUACACAAAAAUAAAAUUGUAAAAAAAAUACUGUAUCAGGUUAAAAAAAUUGAAGAAAAUUACAAAAUUAAAAGUAAAGAAAAGAAGAAAAAAACUAAAAAAAACUAAGUUGAAAAAAUCAAAAAUACAAAACCUGGUGCUUCUUACAGUAUAAAAUACAUUAAAAUCUCUAUUAUACAUAGUUUAUGAACCAAUUAAUUGUUAUCAUAAAGCACAUUUUAGGAAACACGCAUUAUCCCUUCUUUAUGUUUAGCUGAAAGGGGCAGCGGGCUUUGCGGUCAAACGCACCAGCAGCAUCUGGCAGCUUCUCAUGGAUCUUCCCAGGUUGCCGAGCGAGAUGGGUGAUGGUGAAGUUGCCAUGGCAAAGGGGGAAGGUUCCUUCUGGAACAGAGGCCAUCCUGGAUAGGCUGUGUUUCUCUGGCUCCUUUCACCCUUUCGGCACCCUCCAUCUCUGCCACUGCACAUCUUCCUCUUCUGUGUUGUUCUUCUGCCCUGUCUUUUCCCAAAAAGAGCUAAGCAAAACAGUUGACUUGGUGUUUGGCCUUCAUUUCUACUCCUGCUUUCUUGUAAACCAGCCUAAUUGCAAUGUUGGGUUUUUUCCCCCUUCUUUUCACUUUCUCUCAUAUAUGUAUCUAUUGCUCAAUGGCUUCUCUUUGGAACGAGGAGCUGAUCUAUGAAUUCACCAGCAUCCCUUCCACUGAACUCCUUGCAUUCCUAUCCCCAGAGUCAGUUGUAACUUCUGCUUGCCCUUUCUCACAGCCUUCCUUAUCUGUUGAGGGGAAACCUUCCUCUCAGCUCAUUGUGAAAUUGCAAGGCAGAAGGAUCUGUGUGCAAAGCAGAAGUCCAGACUCAGAUCAUACCCCACAACCUCACAGAGCAUGGGAGAUUGACUGGAUAAAUUUCUCACUUCAGGGAAGGACCAAGAUGGAUGACUUUGCCUUACUCUCAACAUGCUUAACUGGCCAGCUGACAUAGUGCCUUUGUAAACCCAUCUUUUGUUGGAACAGAUGGACCAUGUGCUCUGCCUGGGGAGUGGGUGCAGGAAUUUCCACCCCCUCCUACUGUAAUUCAUGUGCUUAAUAUAGGGGAAAGCAAUAAAAGCCUAGGCUUGACCAGCAAGAGGGAGAUACUUGGGCUAAACAUGGUGGUACCUAGUCCUCUUUGGCCUGGCUACUGCUGCCCCAUCCAAAAGAGAGGGUUAGCAGCACCGAGGAGAGGGUGAAGGAAGCACACCUCCUAAACAAUCCUGAAGGCAAAAGGAAUUUCCUCCCCAACAGCCUUUCUGCACUUGGGCUUCUCCAAACCCCUGUCAUGGAUCCCUGAGUCCUCCAUUUGCAUGAAAGGGUGGCCUGCUCAGCUCCUUUCUCCCAAGUGAUGCUCAGCCGCAGGUUCCUUGCCAGCCCAGGAGGGUGUUAAGGUUCCUUAGGGCCCAAGGCAAUUUCAUCUGGUGGGCAAUCAUCCUUGCCGGGCUCUGUCCCAUAAACCCUCCUUGCUCUCCCUCCAGUUCCUGGUUUGGGGGCGUGCGCUGUCCCCUGUUUGGCCACCAGUGGGCUGGCAGUGAGCCUCAGUCCCUACUUGCUAUGGAGCUCUUUUUUCCUCUGUCCUUUGCUUUAGAAGAGCAGUCGAGCCUUUCUGUCCUUCCUUUCACAAGGUACCUUUGACAACCCACUUGGCCUCCCUCUUCAUACCCUCCAUUAUAUGCCCCCUUCCCAUUAAUCUCAGACCCACAUCUCUCGCUCGGCAGCAAAACCUUGAGAUCCAUGAAACUGCAGCUUCCCAGACUGCAACCCACCCCUGCCCCUUUGAACAAGUUUCUUCCUUGGUUAAGAAACGCAGUAUAUAUAUGAGUACAGUACAGUAUAUAUAUAUAGUACUAAUGGAAUUUGGUGUGCUUUUUCUCCUCAUCCCCGACUCCCUUGCCUCUUUCCCUGUGCCCCCAAGCCUCCCUUUGUGUCUUUCAGUCUGUUUUUCCAGUUCCCCCCACUCCUGGCCCCACCCCUCCGCACUUGAAAAUAAAGGGUAGCUCUUUGUCUGUUUUUGUUCUUUCUGAAGUUUCUUCCGUGUCUAGCAGAAUGCAGGUAGCCAUAUGUUAUAACUGUCAAUAUUGCUUCACAACAAAAAAAUAUAUAUAGGAAAAAAAGAAAAAAAAAGAAAAAAAAAAGAAAAAUCCGAACUGUUUUAUCAUUUUUGCCUGAGCUUUCUUCGGCUUUCUCCAUUGGAAUGGCUUAUUGUGUUAUGUGAAUUUUAAAAAAAUUAAAAAAUGUUUAAAAAAAAAAUUAAAAAGAACAAAAAAAGUACAUAUAUUUUAAAAAAAGCAAAAAAAAAAAAUCAUCGGCUUCCCUCUUCCCAUCCCCACCAGUUCCUUCCUCAGAGCAGAGAUGGGAAGCCCAGUGGAGGGAAGUGCCGAGGGCUCCGAGAUCACGUGUCUGUGUCUGUGUUGGUGGGUGAAUGGGGGGGUCAGUUUUCCUUCUUCCCCAUUCCCCUGCUUUCUGGAGGAGCUGCUCAGAAACAUCAAGAUUAGACUCAUUUCUUCCAGAUACACACCCUGUCAGCUUUUGGGUCAAAUUUUGAAGUGCCUAAGAGGUAUAUAUAUAUAUUAUUUUUCAGCAGAGAGUAGUUCCUGUUUAUUUGGGACUGAGCAUCUUUGUGUCAUGUCUGCCAGCACAGUACCUGCUGAUGUGUAGAGAGGUGAUGGCAGCUGCUGCUGCUGCUGCUCCUGUUAAUCCUCUGCUUAUCCCCGUGCACCCUCUUCUCUGAGGCACUUUUCUCUUUGCAAGGCUCGCUUCUGGCUGAGGAGAAACGCACUUGUGUGGAGCCAGCAGGAAGGUGUGCCCUGGGCAGGGAGAGGACCUAGCACCCUUCACCUUCACCCUCCUUUGCUCUCAGAUCAAGCCCUCCUUCCCUCCUUUUGAUAUUUGGCUAGGGCAGCCCAACACUAAAAAUAUGGGCCUGCUGGUGCCGUAUCUAGUGUGACAGGGAGUAUCACAGUCAAAUUUCACUGUUGCCUUUGAAUACUGCAGAGGACCUAUUUCAAAAGCCAUCAUUGAUGCGCCUGUAGGUUUCCAAAAACCUACAGCGUGUUAGCCAGAGGCUGCUGUGAUCUGAUAAAAGAGGCAGGAUAAGAGCAAAUCAUCAGUGGCCUGAGAUCCUGGGAGUUCAGUAGCCAUCCCAAAGGGAGGAUCUAAGGGAUGUCAGGCUCAGCGUUGGGAGGAAAGAACCCCUGCUCCCAUUUCCCAUGGAGACUUGGAGGAGCAUCCCUUCCAAACGGCAUGGAGUUCAACUAUCCGACUUAGAUGGCAAGUAAGCCCAACAGGCCUGCUUCUUCCCCCAAUCUUCUUUCCUAAUUUUUGUAGAAUGUUUUGUCAUGUCUUCCACUUCUUGCAGAGGUAAAUGGUUCCCACUGAUGCCAUUCUGUUUUUCUCUGGCCAGGGAAUCUGACCGUACUCCCUAGGGCUACCAGAUCUAGUGCAUGACCACUAAAAGGCAGCAUAGACAUAGUCAAUAUAGGAAACACUAACAUUUUGGUGCCAUCUAAUGGCCAUCCAGGUUUUUGCAGCCCAGAUAUGGUAGCCCUAAAGAGCACUUCCUUCCCUAGUCCACUCAGGAUGUUGACAGGAAGGGCUCUUUUACCCUGCAACAAGAACCCCAAUUUUGACUUGGGCCUAUGUGGAUAUUAAGGGAGCAACUCUCCAUCUCCAUAGAAGGAGGGAGGCCCUUUUGCAAGCUUUCCCAAAAGCAUGCCAAGCUAAGGUGUCCCACCUGCCUAGUCCAGACUCAAAAUGUACAUGUCUGUUUCUACCCAUAUCAGCCUGAUGCUUCAGAGCAGCUGCCUCCAGCUCUUUCCCUUGACCCUUUAGUGCCCUUCCACUCCUUAUGAAGCUGUUUUACUGCUCCUGGUUUGGUUCUGAAAGCAAAAAGAACUCAUAACCCUGCAGCCGAAUUAAGGGAAGUGCCUUAAACUGAUGCCUUUGCUGCCACCAGCGAACAAGUUGAGACAGGAAGAGAAAGCGAUCAAACUUUAUGCAUCCAGCUUCAGAAAUGUGAACAAAAUAUGUUUACAGAGAUUGCAAGCAAAUUGCCUCCGGGGGGGCUCCCGGGAGCCCCUCGGUUGCUAGCCAUCAUCACUUUCUACCCUUCCCCACCUGCAGGUUUUACACAGGGGAGGAUAGCUCAAGUCCACAGAACAGCUCCUCUGCUCACCCGCCUGCAUUGCAUGUAGCUUGCCCCUGAGUGUUUGCUCACCCUCACCCCAAAGAAGGGAACCAGCAGCCGUGAUGUGGUGGGUCAGCUCCUCCAGCCCCAGCCCCAGCCCCUGUCCCAGUCAGCCCUCGGCACUGCCCCUCCCUCCCCAAGUGCCACUCUCCGAGCGGGGUGUAAUACGCAUGUGUUAAUUACAAUUUUUUCCAUAAUAAAAGUUUAUAGAUGCAGCACCUUCUUUAACUGAUUGAAUUAAAGAAUGUUAUUGACUGUAA